AUGGCUAUAGAGGAUACAGAACCCGUCCGAGGUGACAAAAGAGAAAGGCACAUGGUGAAAAUGGGAUGGCAAAUAUACAUUGCCCAGGACCCUAAGACUAAAUUGGACUGUGUAUACUUGUGCCACAUGCUGGUGGACAGGAAAGCAGCUCCUGGAGAGGGAAGGGGUAGACAUGAAGCUGCUCCACCUGAUCCACAAGGAAAAAUGAGAAGGUUUAUUAACCUAAUAAAAAGGAAACCAACUCCAGACACACACGACCCUGGAGAGGGCACAUCUAGACACGACCCUGGAGAGGGCACAUUGCCUGACCUCUACUUGUUCCUGGGCAGCCGCUACACAGCGUUACAUCUGACCCUUGCCACCUCCCCGGUCAACAACAAGACUCAGGCCCUCGCACGGUUCUGGCUGGGAUCUUACCUCAGGACUCUGAGGCUGAUCCCAGUCGACCUGCGAGCCCCAGUCUCUUUCCUGCUACCCCCGCCCUACGUCCAGCUCCAGAAGUUUUUAAGACAUUUUAAACUGGAAAAAGAAACAGUCACGGUUUUAACAAAACACCGCUCUCUUCUCUCUCUUGUGCAGGAUCGGGAACCAGUAUGUCCAGUGCGCGGGCUCGCUAUAGGUGAGCCCACAACGGUUUGGCGCAACGUGGCCCAUCCUGCUCUCCUGAAUCGGCAUCGGGACCUGUCCUGGAUGGUCGCCCACGAGAUCCUCCCGGUCAGGGCCGUUAUGCACUCACGGGGCAUGGCGAGGAUAUCCGCGUGCCCCCGACCAGGCUGCGGCCAAGAAGAGUCGGUGAGGCACAUGCUCUGGGAGUGCAGAGCCGCCAGGGACCUGUGGAAGGAAGCAGGCCCCCUGAUCACCUCGUGUCUGCCAGCAGGGGAGGACCUAACACCUCAGCUCGUGCUGUAUGGGGUGGGCCGAAGGCCCAUUCCAUCGAAUACCUUCACCAAGCUCUGGUCCACCCUCACAUGCCUGAAGGAAGCACUGUGGUCCUCCCGUAACCUGCUGGUAGCGAAAAACGUAGAGACCACCCCCCAGGCAGUGGCCAUGGUAGCCACGGAAGCCCUGGGGUGGUACGGAAGGAAGGGGGCCUCGACCCCAAGCGAAGGGUCCCCCACAACACCCUAAGUCCCGGCGGCCACGGCCUGACAGCGCUGCGGCGCCUAGGGCGAUGCGCCUAGAGGAGGGAUCCCCUCUGGGCCCCGAAGGACGGGAAGAUGAUCCAUUCAGAAGAGCAGGAUGAGGAGGGGUGCGUCACUUGAGUGGGUUGAGUCACAGACGUGGUCUUCCUGUCUGGGUUGGGGCCCCCCUUGGAUUGUGCCGUGGCGGAGAUCUUUGUGGGCUAUACUCGGCCUUGUCUCAGGAUGGGGACCUGAGCCCUAGGACCAUGCCUCAGGACUACCUGGCAUGAUGACUCCUUGUUGUCCCCAGUCCACCUGGCCGUGCUGCUGCUCCAGUUUCAACUAUUCUGCCUGCGGCUAUGGAACCCUGUUCUGUUCACCGUGACCACUAUUAUUUGACCAUGCUGGUCAUUUAUGAACAUUUGAACAUCUUGGCCAUGUUCUGUUAUAAUCUCCACCCGGCUCAGCCAGAAAAGGACUGGCCACGCCUCAUAGCCUGGUUCCUCUCUAGGUUUCUCCCUAGGUUUUGGCCUUUCUAGGGAGUUUUUUCUAGCCACCAUGCUUCUACACCUGCAUUGCUUGCUGUUUUGGGUUUUAGUCUGGGUUUCUGUAAAGCACUUUGAUAUAUCAGCUGAUGUAAGAAGGGCUAUAUAAAUACAUUUGAUUUAAUUGACGAUCAUUUGAGUCAAUUGGAGGUGUCCCUGUGGAUGUAUUUCAAGGCAUAUCUUCAAACUCAGUGCCUCUUUGCUUGACAUCAUGGGAAAAUCUAAAGAAAUCAGCCAAGACCUCAGGAAAAAAUUGUAAUACCUGAAAUGCCACAAAUCCAACCUUCUUAACCUUUAAAAUGUCAGGAUCCUGCAGGUGAAAGGAAACCCCUGCAUGCUGCAGUGUCGGCCUAUCCACUGCCAUGGACUCUUCUGGUGUGCCAUUCAACCCCUCAACCCUUUUCACAGCUGCUGCAUAUGAAAUGCUCUGUACUUUGGCCACCUCCUUCUCUUCGACCCUUGUGGGGCAUUUGGAAGAGGUUGCUUCGUGGUUCCCACCUCAAUUGCAAUAUUUCACAUAUUCAUCACUUUUAUAACACAUAAUAUGAUAUUUUCCAAAACUUGGACAUCUCAGCUUCUCCCUUC